AUGCACGACGAAGGGGGCGGCGACCUGCCGAAGCCUCCCUCCAACCCGAUGUCAGGGACGACCCCCAAAAGACGUGUCGCACACGUUGUGCGGAGAGAGCCAAGUGUGUCGUCGCUGAGGCCGGCAGGUGCGGAAAAGUCGCUGUUUUGCAAGCGAACUGGCAGCGUUGGCGGCGCCAGAAAAACGCAGACUGUGACGUCAGUCUCCAAUGCUAGUGCGACAAGGCAAAAGCCAGCGUCCUCCUUCCCAAGGCCUGCUCUGAUGAGGAACAACUCAACAAAUGGUGACAUGUUCCGCCGAUUCACAAGCAGACCUCCGACUCCUCCUCCCACCAACCCAAAACAGGUGGAGGGGUUUCUGCACCGUAUGCGAGAGGACGAGGCACGAUGCACUAAACUGCAUGAACUUCUGUGCGAGAGUAGGGGUAUCCCGUUCCACGCGAGUAAACGGUCCUAUUCUAGGACGCCGUUGCGUGCGAUGGAGAGCCGAAACGACACCCCACGGGAUGGCGCGAUGCGAAGUCGUUCGUCGACGCCUGCACGCAAUGUUGCCUCUUCUGUGCUGCGCCGAUGCACCGGGUCAAGUGACAAAGUGCAGCUGUUUUCCACUCCGCAUGCCAACGGAAAAGUGCCCAUGUACUGUAGAAAGACGCCCAACGUCCAGCCGCGUGCGGUGUCAACCGCCGUGGGGUCUACGCCUGGAGCACCAGGCGGCAAGCGAACUGAGAGUGGCCUCGGCACGAGGCCAAAGGAGCAGGCGGUGCCGCCGCACCGUCCCGUCAUCUCCGUCACUUCAAACAAGGGCGUGCCGGGGAACGGGGUCGUCGGCGCUCACGCUGAUCGUGUAGUUCUGCAAGGCAAAAGCAGCAAACGACAACAGGCGUCGCCACCGAAGCCGCCGCCCCUUGGCACACCGCUUUCUCGCCGCCCGAAUGGGGAGCGGCAACCAAAAGGCCGAGGGGGCACUGGGGCGAUGUCGCCUCAAAGCAUUUCCUCGCGCCGUAUGAACUGCAGGACGGAGACGGCUCCAUACAUUGAAUCCGCUGCCGAAGAACGAUCGAGACAGUGUUCACCGAGGAAACUCGUGUACGACGUCACGGACGAAAGCCCGGCUCGUGUUGUUGAAUGA